UUUCCCCCUUGGGGAGGGACCGCCUCUCCUCUUUAUGGGACUCUGGGGCUGCCACUCUAUAAAGUGUCCGUGGUAGCUCCAGUGAGAUCUGCCACGCAGCACCGCGCCCUCCCCGGCCCAGACCUCAGCCACCUCGCCAUGCGGUUGCUACCAUUGUCCAGCCUCCUCUGCAUCCUUCUCCUCUGUGUGUCUGUCUUCUUCGGGGAAGCGAAAAGGCAUCGGACCAAGACACCAACGAAACCCAGGCUCUGCUGCCGCCGAGUUCUGGGCUCCCACCUGCAAGGGAACCGCACCCGCCUGUGUGAACCAUGCAAGUACAAGCUGAAGACAGCAGGGCGUUGGGUGGUACCCGGGGCACUCCCGCAGGUGUAGCAGCGCUGCCCACCGGGAGCCUGAGCCCCGUCAACUGGGCAGCAGUGAGCAGUGCUGGAGAGGGAGCCCAGGACUGGUCCAGGCCCUGCACAGGAGCAGCUCGGCUGAGGGCUUUGGGCCCCAUCGGUGCGGCAGCCAAGGAGCCCUCCAAGAGCCGGAGAAGCUACAAAUCCAGACACCCCCGGCCCUGGAGACUCGGGGUGGCCAGACCAGGCAGUCGGCCAGGACUGCAGUCCAGGGCCCCAACCCCCACACCCUGUGACCACCUGCCUCGAUUCCUGAUGUGUCAGCUGCAAAGAGCCCGAGGCAAACAGAACCAAUAAAAACACGCACACUGCA